AUGCGCUCGAAGUCGCCAGAGGAGCGUGGAAGACAAAAAGUAGUCCGGGCGCCGACUUACAGAAUUGAGAACGAGUACAAUCCGGAAGCUAUGCCUCAGUAUUUUCAGGUUGCGGUCGAUAUUUUAAAAGUGACCAAUCUAUUUUGGAUAAAUCCUCACUCGUCUAACGCGUACGUUGUUAUAGUUAUUGGUAAAGUGAAGUAUAAAAUGAAUAUUGGAAGUGAUAUGAACAGGGUUUUUAACAGAGAAAGUUUUAUCUUUGAUAUGCAAGUAAAUCUUCAUGACCUUCAGCAUACAAAUCUGUGGCUUGCUGUUAUGGAGCCGAGGUGCAGAGGUUCUCGUCUCCUAGGGGAAUCUAGUAUGAACCUUGGAGAGAUUUGGGCGCAGUCGAACCAUCAAGUCUUCCACAAGUGGGUUCAAUUAAGUCCUGCGGGUUUCUUAAAAGUAAACGUGAGAAUUAUAUUAAGAGGAGAACUGCAGAUAGCACCAGCAAUAAUAAAUGACGAGAAAUUAAAAAUCGAAAGUCUUCUAUCUCCGGGUUCUGAACGUCAAAUUGCGAACUAUGUAAUUACUAUAUACGGCGCUUUUGGACUUCAAAACCGUGAUGAAAGACAAACUGAUAAACGCUAUGGGAAACCCAGUACAUUUGUCAGAGUUUCCUUUUGCGGUCAAGUGGCGAAAACAGCGAUCCAUCCACUAAAUAAUAACCCUAUGUACUGCGAACAAAUAUCUAUAGCGGAAAUGUUUCCCAGUACAAGUCAAAUCAUUAAUUUCGACAUUUUUUAUAAAGAAAAUUGUUUCAAUCGGAUUGUGGGCAGGACGCACCUCUGUUUAGGAGAUAUUUCCCACAAAGGAGAGAAUGGUUUUUUACCAACAUUUGGGCCAUCUCUUCUACACAUUUAUACAAGCUCAAACCCGAGUACGAACGGCGCCAGUGUUGAUGGACCAUUUCACCGUGGAGCUCUCCUUGUAGCUUGCAACGUCAUAGUUCCGUGCUAUCAAAAGAACCUCAAAAGUAUAACCGUGGAGCCAGUAGCACCAAUUCGCCUUGAAAAUUUAUGGUCGUUUGAGGAUUUCUGCGUAUACUGUCCCAUUUUCGAAGUAUCGAUGCUCAACAGUAGAAUAACCGGUCAGUCUUGUGGUGUUGCAAUUACGGUCGGUGAGAUGGUUCACGAUAACAAGUCAGAUGAAGGGACUCGUAAGUUGCAUUAUACGGGUAGCCUCGAUGUAAAGCAAACUCAAUCUGAUUAUGGUUACCUUGAUUUUAAUACCGCGUUUCCUGUUCUGCAAUUAGCAGCCAGACUGCCCGAUUACAGAUAUAAAAUGUACCGAAAUAAUAUGAUUCGUGCAGUGGUUAAUAAAUUGGAGGUAGUCUUAGAUGACGUAGACAGCCGCCUUAAGGCCUAUGAUUAUUCCUCUCCUGUGAGACUCACGAAAGACCUAAUGAGAGUAUUAGAAGAUACAACAGCAGUGAUUAGAAAUUUUUUAGACAUAGUUCAGUAUUCUCAUUCAACUUCUUCUAAAGGAGACGACAUUUCAAGACAAUGUAAUACGGAAUUGGAACAGAAACAGUUAAAAGUACAGAAAGAAGAAAUCGAAAAGAUACAUCGAAAAAUUUCGCAAAAGAUAAAAAACAGUUCAAAUUAUGACAUGAAGUCCACCGAUGAAGUUAGCGGUUCCAGAAAAGCUGUGAAACAAUUGCUUGCCGAUAUGAGAAUAAUAUCUCAGGAAUUAAAGGAUCACACUUAUAAUUCCUUAGAAGGCUGGCCUGGAAUUGUGGUGUGGCUUUUGAGUGGAGGCUCGAGAGUUGGGUUUUGUAAGAUUUCCCCAACUGACGUUAUUUACUCGAUGGAACCGGAACAAUGCGGCAAGGAUUGUGGAAUAUUACAAGCUGUUUAUAUAAAGCCAUUACAUUGCCCUAAACAUACAAAUUUUAUGAGUGACUGUUAUUGCAUUGCGGGUAAGGUUGAAGUACUCAUAUGGAUGGGAUUAUAUCGGCAUAAACCAGCUUUCGAAACCUGCUUGCCCGGAUUACAGCUCAAAAUGAGAAAUUACGAUAUGUGCAUUAAAAGCACUGUUAUGAUGGUAGAAUGUAAGGCGUUUAUAUACAAGGCUAAAUUGAAAAACCAGUGUAUUGGACUUAAUCCCAUUCAGACAUACUUAAGAAUAUAUGUAUUGAACACAUUCAAAGAAACAAAGGUACAAUGUAAAACUUUAACACCGGUGUGGAAUCAAGUUCUCAAGAUACAAAGGAUGGUUUUUAUGACCCCGGAGAGACUUACUAACAGCCCCGCUAUUGUUUUAGUCGAAGUUUACAAUACAGAGUUAUCGGGCAAAUCAGAACUUAUUGGUCGUGUUCAAGUGAAGCCAACCGUGAGCCAGGAGCAAGACUUUGAGUCUGCGCCCAAGCUGAAAUGGUACGAUUUGUUUAGAGGUCUAGACAACACGGGACAAGUACUCAUGUCUGCCCAAUUAAUGCAGAUAUCAGAAAGGUUACUUAAAAAUAUUAUUUAUAGCCCUGUCGAGGAAAGCUUUACUACUGAUUUAAAUAUAUUGGAUGUUACUGAUGACUAUGUGCCCUUACCAAAAUAUCUAUUGCCUGUUUCAACAUUAUACAAAGUCGAUGUAUACUGGUGGGGCUUUCGUGACGUUGAUAUAACUAGAAAACUAGGAGUAAUCAUGGAAAUUGAAGACUUUAGUAUAAAAUCUAACAUAAUAUUUAACAAACAAUCAAAUUCCAACUUCCCUGAUGGACGUGUAUCAGAAAUAUUUGAAGCGCCACUGAGUGAAGCGUACUGCCCAAUGUUAAAUAUCAGACUUUUCGAUAGUAGUACGUUUGGUAGAACGCAAUACCUCGGUGCGAAUGUCGUGAAGAAUCCCAACAAGUACAUAUUGCGUUGGUUGGAGAAAACUGACAGAGACGCGUCACUUAAACGAGCUUCGGUAAUGUCGUCACAAUUUAUGCAAGUGAAUCAGACUUUGUUUAUAAAGAAAAGUUCAGUGGUUAAAGAAAAUAAUGUAAAUGAUGAUUGUGUUUCUGCAAGAAAAGUGGUGUCAAUGAACAGGUCAAAAUAUUCGAAAUGGAAAGAUCUGUUUUGGCGAAAGGAACCCGAUGAAGAAGAAUAUACAUUGCUUCCUAUAUUUUCGACAAAAAAUAAAAAUAAAUUUGACCCUGGAACAACGGAACCUAAACGAAAAGACUGGUGGCUAAAAUAUUCUCAAUCCCAAAAACUUUUCGGUACCGAGCUGGAGAAUCAACCCGAGUUUUCAAAGUUCAAAGAUUGGUGUAGAACUCUAAAACUUUAUAAUGGAAAGAAAACAGGUAUCCGUGAGACAGACAGGCGUCUAUAUUGCGGCUUGUUAAAAGCCGGAUUGGCCAUCUAUAGAUGGCCUCCGCCCGAUAACAAGACAGCUGUUAGUUUCAGCGGAAUUGAAUUGAAUAGAGGAUUUUUCGAUGAUCAUCCGAAUAACGAUCCUGCGAAGUUUUUGAUCCGAGUUUACAUUGUUAAAGGGAUCAAUUUAAAAACGAAAGAGUUUGUUCGAAAAACGAGUCCGUACGUUGUAUUGAGUUGCGGAAACAAACAAUUGGGGAAUCGUAAUAGCUACCUGCCGAGCAAAUUGAAUCCUAUUUUCGGAAAAAUGUACGAAUUCCGGUGUAACUUACCCGAAGAUUACUUGCUCACAAUAUCUAUGUACGAUUACGACGUCAGCUCGCUAGAUGAAUUAAUCGGAUGCACGAAAAUUGAUUUGGAAGACCGAAUUUACACUAAGCAUCGAGCUCGAAUUGGACUCCCGUUUGAAUACAGCCUAAAUGAUCUUUUAAAAUGGCGCGAUUGUAUGAAGCCGUCUAUGAUACUAGAAGAACUCUGUCUUAGGAAUCAUAUUUCACCACCAAUUUUUAUAGAUAGCACCUCUCUUAUACUGAAUGGAAUAGAAUACAAAGAUAAUGACAAAGGUGAAAGCUUCACUUCGAGUCUGGAACGCAAAGAGAAUUUGUGCUUAAGUAUUUUACAUAAAUGGCACACUUUACCAUUAUGUGGGUACCAUUUGGUUCCCGAUCAUAUUGAAACAAGAACAUUGUAUAACCCAGAUAGACCUGAAAUAGAACAAGGUAAGGUUCAAAUGUGGGUGGACAUUUUUCCAUUGGACGCUGGUGUUUAUAUACCGCCCCCUAUUGAUAUUGCUCUUAAGAAGACAGAGGACUAUGAACUUCGGGUUACAAUAUUUUCUGUGCGAGAUUUACUGGUGGGCUCUGAUAAUUUGAAGCGUCAAUUUUCUGAUAUAUUUUUAAGAGCGUAA